AUGGGUUUAACAAACACUGAAAUCGUCACCAUAUGCUUCUAUUUUGUCAUCUUUGUCAUGGGUGUGAUCGGAAACGGCCUUGUAAUUUUUGUAACCAGCUACAAAAUGAAAACGACAGUCAACUCCACUUGGUUUCUCAACUUGGCGAUUGCUGACUUCAUUUUGAUGUUGUCCUUGAUUUUCAACAUCAUUUUAAAGUUCCACAAGUAUGUUUGGACAUUGGGCAACUUCAUGUGCAAAUUCACAUCCUUCAUAUCAAUGCAAAAUACAUUUGCGAGUGCUUUCUUUCUGACAGUGAUCAGUCUGGACCGAUGUAUGUGCACAUGCUUGGUCGUGUGGGCUCAGAAUAAACGGACUCUAGUCAAAGCCAGAAUAAUCUGUGUGUUUGUCUGGCUUUUAUCCAUGUGCUGCAGCAUCCCAUUUGCCAUUUUUUAUUCUGUUCAGGAACUUUAUGGAUUUAAAUUCUGUGGGCCUGUAUUGUCCAGGAAUGUCUUCACAUCUCUGAGCAUAUACGUGUUUACGAUGGGCUUUCUAAUUCCCUUCUUAAUCAUUAUAUCUUCAUACAUAGCUAUUGGUGUACGGGUGAAACACCUUAAAUCUUUCCGUAUCAUAUCUGUGAUUUUGGCAUUUUUCAUAUGUUCGUUUCCUUAUCAUGUUCUACACUUGUAUGUAAUUACUGCUUUAAAGAAUAAAUGGAGAUUGGAUGGUGCUAAAAUUCUUGUUGCGGGACUUGUCGUAACCGGCUUGUCUUAUCUGAACAGCUGUCUGAACCCCAUUCUCUAUGUGUUCAUGAGUGACGAGUUUAAGAAGAAAAUUAAAAGGUCUCUGUUGUUGGUGCUCGAGGGGGCUUUUACUGAGGAUCAUUUGAGUUCACGUUAA